ACUGCGUGCUGCUGGCGUCCAAAGAGAACUCUGCUCCGGUGAAGCUGGGCGGCUUCGGGGUCGCCAUCCAGCUGGGGGAGUCGGGGCUGGUGGCCGGAGGUCGGGUGGGGACGCCUCACUUCAUGGCCCCGGAGGUGGUGAAGCGGGAGCCGUACGGUAAACCGGUGGACGUGUGGGGCUGCGGAGUCAUCCUCUUCAUCCUCCUCUCCGGCUGUCUGCCCUUCUACGGCACCAAGGAGCGCCUGUUUGAAGCCAUCUGCAAGGGCAAAUACAAGAUGAAUCCGCGCCAAUGGGGCCAGAUCUCUGAGAGCGCUAAGGAUCUGGUGCGGCGCAUGCUGAUGCUGGACCCUGCAGAGAGGAUCACCGUGUACGAGGCUCUGAACCACCCCUGGCUCAAGGAGAGGGACCGCUAUGCCUACAAAAUCCACCUGCCAGAGACGGUGGAGCAGUUGAGGAAGUUCAACUCCAGGAGGAAGCUCAAGGGAGCGGUUCUGGCUGCAGUGUCCAGUCACAAGUUCAACUCCUUCUACGGAGACCCCCCCGAGGAGCUCCACGACUUCUCUGAAGACCCCACCUCCUCAGGACUGCUAGCAGCAGAACGUGCUGUGUCUCAGGUGUUGGACAGUCUGGAGGAGAUCCACGCUCUGACAGACUGCAGUGAGAAGGAUCUAGAUUUCCUCCACAGUGUUUUCCAGGACCAGCAUCUACACACACUGCUAGAUCUCUACGAUAAGAUCAACACCAAGUCCUCCCCACAGAUCAGAAACCCCCCCAGUGAUGCCGUGCAGCGAGCCAAAGAGAGUUCCUCCCGAGACGAAGCAAGUGGCGCUUUGAAACAUCUGGAAUAUGUACUGGAAGAGAUCUCCUGCUACCCAGAGAACCACGAAGCUAAAGAACUCAGACGGAUACUGACCCAGCCGCAUUUCAUGGCCUUGCUGCAGGCUCACGACGUGGUGGCCCACGAGGUUUACAGCGACGAGGCUCUGCGCGUCACGCCUCCGCCCACCUCGCCGUACCUGAACGGAGACUCUCCAGAGAGCACCAACGGGGACAUGGACCUGGAGAACGUCACCAGGGUCCGCCUGGUCCAGUUCCAGAAGAACACGGACGAGCCCAUGGGCAUCACGCUGAAGAUGAACGAGUCCAACCACUGCAUCGUGGCCAGGAUAAUGCACGGAGGGAUGAUCCACAGACAAGGAACGCUGCACGUCGGAGACGAGAUCCGCGAGAUCAACAGCAUCAGCGUGGCCAACCAGACGGUGGAGCAGCUGCAGAAGAUGCUGAGAGAGAUGCGAGGCAGCAUCACCUUCAAAAUAGUGCCAAGUUACCGGACGCAGGGCUCGUCAUGUGAGAAAGAGUCCCCCACCACCUCCAGGCAGUCCCCUGCCAAUGGCCACUCCAGCAUUAACAGUUCUAUCUUGGACCUGCCCUCCACCAUCCAGCCCAAGGGUCGACAGAUUGUAUCCAGACCUCCAAUCAAGGACAAACUGUCUGUGAAGAUCUAUGUGAGGGCUCAGUUUGAAUACGACCCGUCCAAAGACGAGCUCAUCCCCUGCAAGGAGGCCGGCAUCCGCUUCCAGGUGGGCGACAUCAUCCAGAUCAUCUCCAAGGACGACCACAACUGGUGGCAGGGCAAACUGGAGAACACCAAGAACGGCACGGCGGGACUCAUCCCGUCACCAGAGCUGCAGGAGUGGCGGGUGGCAUGUAUAGCGAUGGAGAAGACCAAGCAGGAGCAGCAGGCCAGCUGCACCUGGUUCGGCAAGAAGAAGAAACAGUACAAAGACAAAUAUCUGGCCAAGCACAACGCAGUGUUCGACCAACUAGACCUCGUCACGUAUGAAGAAGUCGUGAAGCUUCCUGCUUUCAAGAGGAAAACACUAGUUUUGUUAGGGGCCCAUGGAGUGGGCAGGAGACACAUCAAGAACACCCUCAUCACCAAACACCCCGACAGAUUCGCCUACCCCAUCCCACACACGACCAGACCUCCAAAGAAGGACGAGGAGAACGGGAAGAACUACUACUUCGUGUCCCACGACCAGAUGAUGCAGGACAUCAGCAACAACGAGUACCUGGAGUACGGCAGCCACGAGGACGCCAUGUACGGGACGCGGCUGGAGACCAUCCGCAAGAUCCACCAGCAGGGACACAUCGCCAUCCUGGACGUGGAGCCCCAGGCCCUGAAGGUCCUGAGGACGGCUGAGUUCGCCCCGUACGUGGUCUUCAUCGCUGCACCGACCAUCACGCCAGGCAUCAACGAGGACGAGUCUCUCCAGCGGCUGCAGAAGGAGUCAGAGAUCCUCCAGAAGACGUACGCUCACUACUUCGACCAGACGCUCAUCAACAACGAGAUCGAUGAGACCAUCAGGCUCCUGGAGGAGGCCAUCGAGCUGGUCUGCAGCACCUCCCAGUGGGUCCCGGUCUCCUGGGUCUACUGACCUCCUCCCACCUCCUCCUGGGUCUACUGACCUCCUCCCACCUCCUCCUGGGUCUACUGACCUCCUCCCACCUCCUCCUCUUGGGUCU